UCAGAGCUGCUCUGACAAAGCGUCAGAGAUACGCUGCUGCAGACUCAGAGGACAGAAAAGCUGCAGAAGAUUUCUUCUCCUCAGACCUGCUCUGGACAGCAGAGUCGCAGACGGUCAUGGAAGAACCAGAGAAUUACAAGAAUCGGGGACCUGUACCAAGUUCCAGCUGCGUGUCUUUGAGGAGUGAUCGAUCAAAGGAUGCGAUUGUUCAUUUUCAAUCAGAGCAGCACAGUGCUAUGGACAAGAUCCACCAGCGGGCCGCGUCCUUACAGAAUCCCAGCUGUGUGUCUUUGAGGAGCGACCGAUCAAAAGAUGCUAUUGUUCAUUUUAAAUCAGAGCAGGAACAUGCUGCACAGAGAGUGUGCCGUCAGAAUUCAGAGGCUCCCAGUGGUCAGUCUGUCCAUCAGGAUCAAACACAGCUGGACUCCAUAUUUAUGCUGCUGGAAGCCAACAUAAUCAAAUUUGUGAAGAAUGAGCUGAAGAAAAUCUACCAAGUUCUGAGUCCAGAUGACCCAAGAACCUUCACGAGUCCAAGAAAAGAUGAAGGAAUGAUGGAGAGUGAAGAUGAAGAACACGCAAGCAGCAGAGAAGCACUGAUGAAGAUCACAGUAAACUUCUUGAGGAGAAUGAAGAAGGAGGAGCUGGCUGAUCAACUGCAGUUUAGACCUUUUGAGGCAGUUUGUCGACAAAAAAUCCAGUCUAAGCUGAAGAAAAAGUUCCAGUGUGUGUUUGAGGGGAUUACUAAAGCAGGAAACCCAACCCUUCUAAAUGAGAUCUACACUGAGCUCUACAUCGCAAAAGGAACUGGAGAGAUCAACCAAGAACAUGAGAUCAGACAGAUUGAAGCAGCUUCCAGGAAAGCAGACAGAACAGACACAAGUAUCAGACAAGAGAACCUCUUCAAGCCCUCAGCUGAAAGACAAGAACCAAUCAGAACCGUGAUGACAAAGGGAGUGGCCGGCAUCGGAAAAACAGUCUUGACACAGAAAUUCACUCUGGACUGGGCUGAAGGCAAAGCCCACCAGAACAUCCACUUCACAUUUCCAUUCACUUUCAGAGAGCUGAAUGUGCUGAAAGAGAAGAAUUUCAGCUUGGUGGAACUUGUUCAUCACUUCUUCCCUGAAACCAAAGAAGCAGGAAUCUGCAGCUUCGAAGACUUCCAGGUCCUCUUCAUCUUUGAUGGUCUGGAUGAGUGUCGACUUCCUCUGGACUUCCACAAGACUCUGAUCCUAAAUGACCCUAGAAAGUCCACCUCAGUGGCUGAUCUGCUGACAAACCUCAUCAGGGGGAACCUGCUUCCCUCUGCUCGUCUUUGGAUAACCACACGACCUGCAGCAGCCAAUCAGAUCCCUGCUGACUGUGUUGACAUGGUGACAGAGGUUAGAGGCUUCAACGACCCACAGAAGGAGGAGUACUUCAGGAAGAGAUUCAGAGAUGAAGAGCAGGCCAGAAAGAUGAUCUCUCACAUUAAGACAUCCCGAAGCCUCCACAUCAUGUGCCACAUCCCAGUCUUCUGUUGGAUCACUGCUACAGUUUUGGAGGAUCUGCUGAAGAGCAAAAAGAAAGGAGAUCUGCCCAACAGUCUGACUGAGAUGUACAUCCACUUCCUGGUGGUUCAGGCCAAAGUCCAAAUGGUCAAGUAUGAUGGAGGAGCUGAGACAGAUGCUCACUGGAGUCCAGAGAGCAGGAAGAUGAUGAAGUCACUGGGAAAACUGGCUUUCAAGCAGCUAAAGAAAGGCAACCUGAUCUUCUAUGAAUCUGACCUGACAGAUUGUGGCAUUGAUAUCAGAGCAGCCUCUGUGUACUCAGGAGUGUUCACACAGAUCUUUAGAGAGGAGAGAGGCCUGUACCAGGACAAGGUCUUCUGCUUCAUACAUCUGAGUGUUCAGGAGUUUCUGGCUGCUCUUCAUGUCCAUCUGACCUUUAUCACCUCUGGAGUUAACCUGAUUGAAAAACAGAAAGCAAAGUUCCCUAAAUUAAAUCAAAUCAGGCCAACUCAGUUCUACCAGAGUGCUGUAACAACAGCCCUACAGAGUCCAAAUGGACACUUGGACUUGUUCCUCCGCUUCCUCCUGGGCCUUUCACUGCAGACCAAUCAGAGUCUCCUACGAGGUCUGCUGACACAGACAGGAAGUAGCUCCCAAACCAAUCAGGAAACAGUUAAGUUCAUCAAGGAGAAGAUCAGUGAGAAUCUGUCUGCAGAGAAAAGCAUCAACAUGUUCCACUGUCUGAAUGAACUGAAUGAUGGUUCUCUAGUGGAGGAGAUCCAACAGUCCCUCAGUUCAGGACGUCUCUCCACUGAUGAACUGUCUCCUGCUCAGUGGUCAGCUCUGGCUUUCAUCUUAGUGUCAUCAGAAGAAAGUUUUGAAGUGUUUGACCUCAAGAAAUAUUCUUCCUCGGAGGAGGCUCUUCUAAGACUGCUACCUGUGAUCAAAGCCUCCAGAAAAGCUCUCCUGAGUUGCUGCAACCUGACAAGAAAGAGUUGUGAAGCUCUGUCCUCAGUUCUCAGUUCUCAGUCCUCCAGUCUUGUAGAACUGGACCUAAGUAAUAACAACUUGCAGGAUUCAGGAGUGAAGAAGCUUGCUGAUGGUUUGAAGAGUCCAUACUGUCAAAUGGAGACUCUCAGUCUGUCAGGCUGUCUGAUCACAGAGGAAGGCUGUGCUUCUCUGGCCUCAGCUCUGAGCUCCAAUCCUUCCCAUCUAAGAGAGCUGGACCUGAGCUACAAUCAUCCAGGGGAGGCAGUGAAGCUCCUGAAUGCUGGACUGAAGGAUCCAAACUGGAGACUGGACUCUCUGAGGCUGGAACCUGCUGGGGUCCGAUGGUUGACACCAGGUCUGAGGAAGUAUUCCUGUCAACUCGCUAUUGACCCAAACACAGUGAACAAAUACCUGAAACUAUCUGAAAACAGCAAGAAGGUGACUUGGGUGAAGCAGUGUCAGUCUUAUCCGGAUCAUCCAGACAGAUUUGAUCAAUGUCAGCUGUUGUGCAGAGAUGGUCUGACCGGUCGCUGCUACUGGGAGUUUGAAUGGAAUGGAAGAGUUGAUGUGUCAGUGAGUUACAGAGAAAUCAGAAGAAAAGGAAACAUGAAUGACUGUAUGUUUGGAUGGAACAGUCAAUCUUGGAGUCUGAGCUGCUCUGAUGAUGAUGGUUACACUGCUUGCCACAAUAACAGACAAAUUUCCAUCUCCUCCUCCUCCUCCUCUUCCUCUCACAGAGUAGCAGUGUAUGUGGACUGUCCUGCAGGCACUCUGUCCUUCUUCAGAGUUUCUUCUAACUCACUGAUUCACCUCCACACCGUCAAGACCACAUUCACUGAACCUCUUUAUCCUGGAUUUGGUUUCAGUUUGUUUGGCUCCUCUGUGGUUCUGUGCUGAGUUUGGUGAAAAAAUGUGUUUCUGUUAAAGAAACUCUGUUUAACCCUUGUGCUAUCCGAGGCACUUUAACGUUGGGUCAUCUAGACCCACUAGACAGUGCUCUGAACCUUUUUUCUUCAAUGAUUUGUGAUCUUCACUGGUGUCCAUGGAUUACAUGAAAUCUUUCCACCUUUAUCCACCUUUGUCAUGGUAGGGAGAACAUGUCAAUGUAAGGGUGGGGUCAUCUAAGAUAGCACAAGGGUUAACAGAUCCUUCUGUCUGUAACUGUCUCUCCGUUGACUCACAAACAUGUUUUCAAACGGUUUCCUUCUGAAACUCCUUUUCCGUGAUUACUUGCAAAUGUUUUACUGCUAUUGUGUCUUAAAAAUGGACGCUGCCGUUAUUAUCAUAUCAUUCCAGGAUCUGCUGUUCUCAUAACAGUCAAAGUCUCAAGUAAUUUCCAGCACGUUGGUUUCUCUGAUGGAACGAUGUUUAUGUGUGUGGGGUUGAAUUGACAAAGAUGAAUCAGAUAAACCAUUAUAAAAACUAAUUAGCCUUUAAAUGUUUUUUGCCUUCAAUUCAAAUUUCAUGUUAAAAAAUGGAUUUAACACUUUUCAUAAUUAUUAAUGUUCUCAUUGUCACUCAUGACAAAAAUAACACCUUUUUGUUGUCACCUGCAAGAUCAUUAUUGUUUUUGUUUAGAUGCUGCUCAUCAUCAUAAUGUUUGCGGUUUAUUCUAAUUCCAAAGUUGGGUUUUUUAAAUCUCCCCAGAAAAAUGGUUUAAAUAAAGAGUUUCCGAAUCA